AUGAUUUUACUUUCAGCACUCAUAUUGGCAGCGGUCUUGCCGCCGCCAGCUUACUGUCAAUUCGAUUGCCGGCCGCCAGGACCAACCGCUCCGCGUCCGACCGAUAUUGCAUCGAACCCAGCAUUUCUAUCUGCGGCAUCAGACCUUACCAAGGUCCUCCAAAGCGCUGUCUCAGGCGACAUUGAAGCUGGUUGGCCCGUCGAGAACACGUCCUUCUCGAUUGGCUUCAUCAGCCGGGAUCAAGAAGACAAGAAAACCCCAGUUUGGGAGUUUCACUAUCUGGCACCAAACAAUGUCAGGGGCACGAAGAACAUCACCCGCAACUCGCAGUAUCUCAUCAACUCCAUCACCAAGGUCGUCUCAGACUACAUAUUGCUCCAAAGCGGUGUCCCUCUCGACGACCCGGUUACGAAGUACAUACCCGAACUGGCCACCAACUCAAGUCGGAUCAACUGGGACGCGAUCACCUUAAAACACUUGGCCACCGGUCUAGCAGGUAUUCCGCCCAUGUACGGGUUCUCUGAGAUCUAUUCCCUAAAACCGUACUUUGAAAGUCUCGGCUUUCCACAAGUCCAGGACGUUGAAUACCCACCGUGUGGUGUUGUGGGUUUGAAUGCCCCUUGCACAACUUCAGAGCUUCUCCAUGGUAUUUCGGAGCUGCACCCAGUCGCGAAGCCGGGAAGUCGCCCUGUCUACUCCAACCUGGCCUUUUUCCUCUUCACACACGCUCUCGAGAUUGCCACCGGGAAGAACUACACCACUCUUCUUCGAGAACUCGUUACCGAGCCUUUGAGAAUGAGCAAUACAAAAGAGAGUCCGGGAGAUGACUCGGAGGCCGUCAUCCCUCCGAUGGAAAGUCUCUGGGGAAGCCCAUACGCUCAUAACUUGCCUGGCUCGGGACUUGUAUCGACGCUAUCGGAUCUCACAGCUUUCUUCCACAGCAUUCUCGACCGCUCCAUCAUGGCCACCGAGACCGCCGUUCUCGAGUGGCUCAAGCCCAGCUCCUUCGCUAGUGGUUCGCCCUACAAUUUCGCCGGAAUGCCGUGGGAAAUCUACCGCGAAUACAACCUCACCCCCAAGCAUCCGCACAAUGUCGACAUGUAUGGCAAAGGUGGCGGUGCCCCGGGCUAUCGGUCUCAGGCCACUGUCAUCGACGACUACGGUGUUGCCGUUGUCCUCCUCACAGCGGGUUCCCCGAAGGCUGCCAACUUUAUUCACAACGCUGUGCUGAGGAUCUUGAUUCCUGUCGUGGAUCAGAUCGCGCGAGACCAAGCAACUGCUUAUACCGGAACGUAUGUCAGCAGUCCGGGUGAGUCCUUCGACAAGAUCAAGGUCGCCAUCGCUCAGGAUCGAGAUUCACUUCUACUCCAACGGCUUGACCGCAACGGUAACGACAUGCUUGCGGCCUAUCGUGAGCUAUUCGUCGCCAACAUUGGCGGGACAAUCGACGUGCUGCCUACCGUAGCACGCAUCUAUCCAACCGAUAUCACCACAUCCUCUCCCCGUCUGGAGUUUGACGGCCGCAAUGGUUCCGUCGUUCGGGAGGAGUGGCGUAUCGACUGGGAGCUCGUUGGACACAAUGAGACGGCGCUCCCGGGCAUGGAACUGGGCAAGAAUCACUGCUGGAACUGGGUGACGGGGGACUGGGUUUACUAUGCCUCGGAGUCCAUAGAUCGAAUGAGUUUCGAGAGGGAUGCCUCUACGGGAGAGGUGCUGGGAGUAGAAAUCCCCGUGUUGAGGAGCGGGUUGUUGAGAAAGGCACCUGUUCAAUGCCACAGAUAG